AUGCUCCCCUCUUCGUCCAGUCAGGUGCCCGAUCAACGGAAAGGACAUCUCAAAUUGGGCAUCGUAUCUAUCUCAUUUCCCGCUGGCGAUAGCAGCACCAGUCAGACAGGACAGGACUCCAAGGCCGGCCAGCCCAGGACGGGCGACACCAGGUCCAGGAGGACAUCGUCUUCGGUAUCCUCAACUUCCUCAACUCCUUCAGCACAAGAACAGCCCAGUAUUGGGCUCACAGAGAGGCUCUUCAACUUGGCGAAACAAAAGCACGACAAAUCCUCCUCUUCGACCGACAUGAGAAUUUCCAACGAAGGCUACCAAAAAGCAAAAAACCAUGCUACUCAGCAGCAGCAGCCUUCGACACAGCAGAGAACAACAUCAGAGUCCAUCUACGAAUGCUGGGAUGACUUUUUGAAGGCGUAUAGUCAGGGUCACUUUCCCGACGAUGCCCAGAUCCGUCCCAAACACCUUGGUCCUGACCUACCCCCGUUCCCGCCCUACGCAUGUGCGCUCAUGCAGUCUCAGCCGCCACCGUUCUUGGCGGCCCCACUUCCUCCCAAUGAGGAACAGCGCCUUCGGGCGUUGUACAGCUUCCAAAUCCUUGACACUGGCACCGAUUUGAACUUUGACAGGAUAGCUCAGCUGGUCGGGACGGUCUUGAGGGUCAGUGGGUGCAUGAUAUGUCUUGUGGACCAGGACAACGUCGCUAUCAAGGCUAGCUAUCGCGCAGCCAACAUGGAGUGUCGGAGAGAGGUCUCACUCAGCGCACAUGCUAUCCUCAGGGCACCCGAUGAUCCUUUGGUUAUUUUGGAUGCAACAAAGGACUGGAGAUUCAAUGGACUACCAGCUGUGAAAGGAGUACCUCUGGUGAGAUUCUACGCCGGCGCUGCCCUCGCAACAUCAGACGGGAACAACAUUGGAUCACUCUGCGUCAUCGAUCCUGAGCCAAGAGCGACGUUUACGGAGAAGGAGCGCUUAUUGCUGGUCGACUUUGCUGCCGUCGUGAUGAGGGAGAUGACACUCUGGAACGACCAAGUGAAUCUGUGCAUCCGGACUCGUAUGAUGCGCGACAUCACCUGCUGGGUACGUGCUUGUCUCGACAUGACGGAGGGUGUAUCGAUACCAACACCUACGCUUAGUCCAGAGCCAAAGUAUGUGCGAGGAAUAUCGUUUGAUAUCUCCCAACCACGCCUCACACCUUCGCCGGACGGAGUUCGAACUCCAAGAUCAACAUCGACUAUUGCAGGACCUCCAGGCCGGCGCGUUCAGAUCCCAACUCCCAGAGGCUCGCCCAUGUUCCCUUCCAAGGAGUUGAGGGCGAAUGGCAGGGCAACACAGUUGCAAGGCAUCAAUGGAUCGGUACAGGAGAACUCAUCCACCGGUGACCAACUCCGCGACAAGGCGUUCCCAUCAGCAUGUAACAUGAUCCAGGCUACAUUGGGAGCUGAUGCUGUCUACCUCGUCCAAGCGGGAUCCAACAAAUCGUUUCUUCCCCAGGCAGGAUCAGGAGUUUCUUGGAAUCUAUGGAGCUCCAAGACGCCGACCAAAGGCGCAGUCAGCAUUGUGAGUGGUGCAGAGUAUUUCAUGGAUCCUGGCUUGACGUUAGAGUGUUUGGCUUCGAGCUUACGCCAGCAUAUCGACGAACCUGUUUGUAACGCCCGGCGACAGGGAACAUCAUGGGUUUGUGCGGAGGUAGGCUGUAGACCUCAUCGAAUCCGGGACUUUCAGCAGGAGAUGGCGGAGCCAGUUUGGGAGCGAGAUUUACCCAUUAUCUCAGAGGCGAUGUGUUAUGUCCGACAGCUUAAAUCUGCACCUGAACGACAGCCUGGACAGUGUCCAUUGUAUAUUUGUUGCCCUGGAUCGGAAGAAAACAACUGGUUCGAGUCCACCCGCGCUUCUUCACGCUCGCCGGCUCGAGCGGAUGACCCUCUUCGUCCCGACCUUCUCUGUCACACGUUCCAAGGAACCCUGCCAGAGUUUGAGGCAGGGUCUAGUUCUCCUUACAGAUCUUGCGUGAUUAUGCCUAUCCGCUGCGCCUCCUCUGCAGACUAUACUCAAAUCAGAGAUGAGGAGCCUUGGGCCUACUUUGUCGUUUUGACUUCUUCCCCUACCAAGCAGUUCUUGCUACACGAGCGGAUUUACCUCAAGAACUUUGGAUCUUGUCUUGUUACUGAGGUCAUGAAGCGCAGAAUUGUGGCCGCGGAUAAAACCAAAGGGAUCUUUAUCAAGAAUAUCUCACAUGAGCUCAGGACGCCACUGCACAUCAUCCUGGGAAUACUGGAGCUCCUGCAGGCCAACACUGAAGAGACGCUGAGUGAGCAACAGCUCACGAUGCUGAGGUCUGCCGAGGCUUCUGGCGACAGCCUCAUUGACACUAUCAACAAUAUCAUCGACCUGACCGACCUGGACCCUAACAACCUGACCGAUGUCGAGAUCAUUCGCAAGCAGUUGUCGGAUUUGGUUGAGAGCGUAUCCGAGAUUGAUAUCCGAGAGCUGUGUGAGGAAGUCGCUGGAAGCAUGGCCAAGCGUUGUGUCGACAAGGACCUGGUCAUCAACCCUUCCUGGUCACCAGCACCCCAUGCGAGUUUGUUUUCUUCGAUAAUCUCAAUGCCUAGCCUCCACUCUGCUGCUGCUAGUAUUUCUGGUUCUGGCGCUGGUUCUACGGCGAGAGCCUUCUCCAACCUAACUUUGCCUCGGGCUUAUCUUGCGCCCGUGGGCGACUCUGUAGCCGAUCCCUCAACGACCGAUUCCAGGGCAGGUGUGGCAGGUUGCAAUAUAUGGUCAGACGACCACACAUCCUCGCUGGAGCUUCUUGUCGCGAUGGACGAGCCUGAGGAGACACCCGAGGAGGAUACCCACUGGAAAUUUAUGCUCAACCUUCCUAUUGUCACGCGCAUUCUUACCCAGCUCUUGGAAAAUGCGAUCAAGUUCACAACAACGGGGUUUGUAGAGAUCUCGGCAAUGUCACCCCCCUUGGACAUGUUCCCAUUGAGACCCCCACGGCCCGAUGCGCGACCUGUACUUUUCACGGUCCGGGACACCGGAAGUGGAAUCUCGCCGGAAUAUGUCCAGGGACAUUUGUUUGAGCGGUUCUCCCAAGAGGACCCAAUCCAUGCGGGAACUGGAUUGGGUCUGGCGCUUGUUAAGCUGUUGGUUGAGAGUCUGGGUGGGUGGUUGGAGGUUUGGAGUGAGGGAGUUGAGGGUAAGGGGUGUGUUAUUCGGGUUUUAAUCUGGGCGACGCCUUCCGAGAAGAAUAAGGGGGUACAGUCUUUGAAGGAUGAGGUGGGGCCUUGGCGGGGGAAGGCGGUUCGGUUCUUUGUUGGUGAUUCAGCUGUUGGUUCUGAUAGACUUUGGAAGAUUGUGGGUGAGCGGAUGAUGGGUGAGGACCUUGGGAUGGCUGUUGAGCGGGGUCAUGAUCAGGAUGUCGGUGCGGAGGAGAUGCUGAAAGGUUUGAAGGAUGGUUCUCCAUGCGAUCUGCUGGUUGUCAACGAUGACCUUGGACGGUUGGAGGCUUAUCUCACUCACUGGGGAGAUCAGCAUCAAAGAGAGUCAGGUGUUCAGGAUGGCCAGGAGGCGGCACUCAUUCCUAUGGCGACACCACUACUGAUGCUCACGACUGCUCACAAAGAGAAGAAGGCUCGAGCGAUGGUAGAUACGUACCUGAGGACCUGGAUGGAGUCUACCACCCCUCUGGACAAGCCUGUUCGCGUGGUGAUCAUGUCCAAGCCGGCUGGCCCACUCAAGUUGAUGCACUCCCUCCACGACUGCUUCUCAGACAGCAUUCUCAGGAUCAAGGGCGGCUGCUCUACCACCAGCAACAAAAGCGGACUCGACCAUGGCCUUCAGGCACAUGCAGGAACGACAACACUUUGCGAGAAGAACUGUGCCAAUACUGGCCCAUACAGGUUGAUACGGUCAAUCACGUCGCGUCAUACGACGACACUCUCGACAAUGGGCGGCGGCAUCGGCAGCAAUGGUCCAGAGUUCUGUUCUGCAGAGUCGGUCAUCAAGUCGUCGUUCAAGUUCCCGCCUGCGGUCGAGACGCCAGGACCGACAGUCGGAGGGCACUUUGGAGUCGGGAUUGGGUACUUUGAUAUGGCAUACUCACCCGGAGGACUGGUUGUUCCGCACAGUAAGGAGGAGGAUAACCGCGACGAGGGAGAGGUAGAGGAGGAGGAGGAGAAAGAUGUAUUUGCCGCGACGACGAAACCAGAUGCUCAGAAACAGGAAUUGGAAUUGGGUUCAUCUCUGGUGGAUUAUCGCCCUCCCCUUCCUCUUCCGACAAUGCUUGCAAAGAGGAGUUCGGGCCAUAUUGGCGGAGAUUUGCUUGACGAGAGCUUGCAGACGCCCCCACAGCCCACGCCACCACAGCCGCAUCCGGAUCAGCAGGUGCAGCAACAAGCACAUGGUCAUGGUCAUGGACACGGACAAGGACAGGAGCAACCGGCUGUGAAGCAGAAGGCGCGGAGUUCCAUUCGGAACUUUAUGGGAAGUGGCCAUUUGAAUAGGUCUUCUCGGAAGAUUGGCGCAGGAGCUUCUCCUGCUACCAGUACGGAAUCCCCGUUCUUAUCCUCACCGACUGCUGCCAUGUCCGGUCAUCAAGCACAUGUCAGAGACUCUUCCACCGCUUUCGGUGCCCUUGCCAACAACCCCAGCAGCAGCACCUAUAACAACGACUCAUCCUUCCCCUGGUCAGAUCUCCGAGUCCUAAUCGUCGAGGACAAUGUCACCAACCGAAUGAUCCUCCGAACAUUCUUCAAAAAGAAUGGCGUCAUCACCGUCGUCGAGGCUGAGAAUGGCCAGGUCGGCGUCGACCGGUUCGAGGAAGCAUUGGAGCGCCAGGGCCCUGAAGGAAGACCGGCGUUCGAUUUUGUGUUGAUGGAUUUGCAGAUGCCGGUCAUGGAUGGCAAUAUGGCGACGAAGCGAAUUCGCGAGGCGGAGGGGAGGGUGAUCAAGACGUCGGAAGGAAAGUAUUGUCCGUCGAUGAUCUUUGCGCUGACGGGUCUUGCGGGCGAGGAGGAUAAGCGGUUGGCGUUUGAGUGUGGUGUUGAUGGGUACAUGACUAAACCUGUGAGCCUCAAGGGCCUUGCCAACCUCCUCACCACCUGCCGUCCACCACCACCACCACCACCCUCACCAUCAUGUUCAUCAUAA